CAUUUACUUGAGUAAAUUCUUGGACGAGUACUUUUUACCUUAAGUAAAAUAUGUUAAGUAGUGCUGCUCUUACUUAAGUGCAUGUUUUGUGUACUUUGCCCACCUCUAAUGUUUAUUGUGUAUGUUUUUAUUCUUUUACAUUUGUUUUGUAGAGGAAAUGAAUAUUAGAGACAACAUGGAGUCCCUUUGGGAUGCUGGCUCCAAAGGGUUGUCCUCCUCCCUUUUUUCAUCGCCGAUGCUUCAUCAGAUCACUCAAAUGAGCAAAUGUUCUGUUUUAAUCCCUCCAGUUUUCAGAGAUUAUGACAUAUAGUGACCCAAACACCAGAUUUACUUUUUACAUCAAGUGAAAAAAUGGCGCAUUGUGUUUUACAUUGAGGAUUACAGGAGACUCCUUUAUUUCUCCAGAGCAGCCCACCCAAUGCAAAUGUUUUGAGGAGCUCAGACACAAAGAGUUGUUCAUCAUGUUUAUUGCUGUGCGCACUGAUGGCUUGCAGCGCAGACGGUGCGCAGAUCCACCAGCCGCUUUCUACGCGGCUGAACAUCCCACCCCUCCUCCUCCUCUUUCUUCUUAACGGCACCAACCAUCUGCCGCCUCUUUUUGUAAUUUCUAACCCAGCAGAUUAUUUCCCUCAGACGUCUACUUGCACUUGACACGACCCAAACAUCGCUUUCCUCACGGAGAGCAGCUGCGCAAAGGAGCGGGAACGGUGGCAGUCCGCACCGCGCAGGAGGAGGACCGGGGUGCCGCGUACAUGCAACCCGACCGCGGAGGUUCAUAAAGACGGAGCGGAUUUGAAUUAAGGACCGGAUAACAAGCAGCAACUCUGCAACCUUCGCUUAGGGAGGGAGAGAGGGAGAGAGGGAGGCAACUGUUUAGCAGAUCUUGGAAACCCUGGGUGAGGUGAGGGGAGGGAGGGAGGAGAAUGAGCUAUUCUUGUACCAGCAGAGGCAAUAGCCAGGACCCAUCAAACGCUAAUCCAGCCAGAAGCACCGGAGGCACCGACGGCGGCACGGAUAGCACCGGCAACGGCAGCCCGAAGCAAACGGCGGUGAUGAAAGUGAAGAAAGGCUGCAACUCGACCGAGGUGGAGGUCCCGGUGACCACGGAGGAGGAGCUGCUGGGGAGGACGGUGAUCACUCCGGAGAAUGUUCUGGGCUUGCAGAAGAUCACAGAGCAUUAUCUAUGCAGCCCAGAUGAGAAUGUUUUCAACAUCGACUUCACAAGGUUCAAGAUCAGAGACAUGGAGACGAGCACAGUGCUGUUUGAAAUCACCAAACCUCCGUCCACAGAUAAGUCAGGAGAGAAGAGGGACAUCGACCCGAACGCCGGCCGUUUUGUUCGUUACCAGUUCACCCCUGCUUUCCUCCGACUGCGGCAGGUUGGAGCUACCGUCGAGUUUACAGUCGGUGACAUGCCGAUAGAAAACUUCCGGAUGAUCGAGAGACAUUAUUUCAGGGAGAAGCUGCUCAAGAGUUUCGACUUUGAGUUUGGCUUCUGUAUGCCCAGCAGCAAGAACACCUGUGAGCACAUCUACGAAUUCCCACCUCUGUCAGAGGACACCAUCAGAGAGAUGGUCCUGCACCCCUACGAGACGCAGUCUGACAGCUUCUACUUUGUGGACAAUAAGCUGGUGAUGCACAACAAGGCAGACUACUCAUACAACGGCGGGACAUAGAGACGACGCCUUCGCCGCAGGGGACAGGUGGAUUAAUGGACCAACCUGUGGGACAGUCAGAGGACAGCGUYGGCUUCGACUUCCUGUCUUUCUUUUGCUCUGUUUGUCUUUCUCCUGUUGAGACGACUCCAUCCAGCAGCAGAUGGGUUUGUGAUAAUCUGAGUGUGUUUGUGUGUAAGCACACAGAAAUGCAUCUGCAGAAGCUGCAUACACAUAAACACACACACGUGGUGGACACAGACACAACGUGUGUUUGUAACAUGAUAAACCAGCAGAAAAGCGACGCUUGCAUUUCAGAUGGUUUUUAGCCACGUCAUGAAAACAAAAGUUUUAAAAUAAUGAUAGAAACUAUUUUUUUUAUUCAGGUAGAUAAUGGUAGGAAUCAUAAAGCCUUGUAAAAGUGUUCAUAACUCUUGAAUUUUUUCUGAUUUCAUCACAAUUUUGCUGAACGAUUAAUUUGUCCAGAAGUUAUUGCAAUAAAUGGUUAUAUUUUCAAGGAAGGGAAUAAAAAUGCAAGAUCUCAAAGAUCAAUAAACUUUUAGCACUGGAAAAGGAAAACAUCUUAAAAAUCCAAAAUAAAUAAACAAAGACAACAGAAACAACAGUUAAAAUGAAUUAUGAAGUCUCUGUAAGUAAAAUUGUCCUUCAUGAAAAGAGCUAACUGACACCAAUGUAACCCACUGAAGACUUUCAUCAUCCAAUUUUUGGUAGAAGUAGAAAAACAAUAAAUGAUGCAAAUUGAAAUUGAGCUUGUUUUAAUUUAUCAUGCAGUUUAAUUGAUUUAUUGCUUAUUGCGACAGGCCUAAUCACAGUUUUCUCUUGUAUUUCAUGUGCAGCGUCAGAUUCAAAGUCAGAUUUGCUUCUGGACUUUGACUAGGCCAUGCCAACACAUGGCUAUGCUUUGAUCUAACUGCAGCUGUAUGGUUGCACAAACCUGUUGCAGGCUCCAACAGGUUUUCUUAGCCACCGCCACGUUUCAUCAUGAAACCUGUUGCAAAAAAGAUAUUAAAAAUAUUAUUUCCACUUCAAAACCGUAAAAAAUCCAAGUGAAAAUAUGAAGUAUGUGGUUGUAAUGGACCAAACGUGAACAAAUUCAACUGGUAUAAAUACUUUUUCAAGGCAUUGUAGGAACAAAUCUCACAUUUCUAAACGUGUGUUUUUAGGUCUUCAGUAACAGUUGUGGGAAGAUUGUGGUCAUUUGAUUCAACAGGUGAUUUUUUAAAAAUCUAUGUGUGUGAGUGUGUCUGCUGCCAUUUUGUACGAUUGUGAGUGUCUUUCUCCCUGUGUAAAAGUUUGUUUGAGGCAUGAACACUUCUCUGGUACAGUAAGGAAUAUUAUUUAAAUGUCAGCAAUUUUCUAAUCUGCCUCGCAAAGGUCAGGUAGAUUUCCAGAAGCUGUCAGUUCAUUUCCUCCACCGGAAGCAGCGAUUACGGUAGUUGGAAGUUUAUGAGACAUUCGCUUCGUCUCGUUCUGUUCCUGAUUUGAUUGUCGACUACGUUGACCUGUAAUAACUGUAGGCCGUAUGUAAGUGCUGUAUUUGCUCAAAGUGCAAAGUUUUUUUUACAGAGAGACUCAUAAAGGUGGCUGAUCUGAUCUGGACAGAAAUGCACUUUGUCAUCUGUGCUUGGGUUGUUCUUUUAACAGCCUUGUGUUUCACUGUUUGGUUUGAAGUGAAGUUUGUCAUCUCCUCUAUGCAGGAAGGAUGAAAAAUUACGAUUUCAGGCAAACUUCUGGUUUAGAGAAAUAUACAUUUGAAAGACGUAGCACAAUAAAAUAUUUGUGAUUUUUUUUUUUAUUGCGUUCAAACAAAUCAUUUAUUUCUCUUGAUUUCUGCCUCAUAGUCGUUUUUGUUAUUUUCACUUMUACAUAUUCCAGUGAUUUUGAGUGUGCUUAAUAAACUCCUUUUGUUUGAAGGAGGUCUGUCAUGAGAUGCCUCUAAACUCAAAUAUGCACACUUCGAUCAGAAAUAUCAAAAUUAUUGUCUGAUUUUUAGGAGGAGAGAUGUUCGUUUUUACAUAUUUUCUGGUUUGAUGCAUUWUAUGUUUUGAUUAGUUGUGUCAUUGACUAAUUUAAAAUAUGUCUACAUGUUGGCUGAACCAGAGGAGUGAAGAGCAAGCAAUCAAUUGAAAGGAAACCAGAUGUGUCUUCAGAUCCUUAUAGAAGACACAUUUUUAUGUGAUUCACAUUUGCCCGGAUUUGUUUCUGGAUUAUAGUUGCAAAAAAGAUUUUGGUAAAAGUUUCAAAAUGUAACGGCAGAGAAUAAUAGACAGGAUUUGAUUKGGAAUUAAACUAAUUGACUUGAAUGUUUUGUUGGAACAUGUUUCAUAAAUAUAUAGAAGAGAUUUCUAAAUGACUUGUUGUGAGUCGUACAAAUUAUUUUGAACUUAUUUAAAGUUUCCAGAUGUUGGUGAGACUUAAAAAAUGAACAAUAAAGAUUUAUUGGACUUUUUGAAGCA